AUGGAGGAGGAAGGAGGGGAGGGGUCGCCGGGCACUGGAGAGGAGAGGGGAGUCGCCGGGCACUGGAGAGGAGAGGAGAGGGGAGUCGCCGGGCACUGGAGAGGGAGGGGGAGGGGUCGCCGGGCACUGGAGAGGAGAGGGGGAGGUCGGGGGAGGGGCAACUGGAGAAGGAGGAGGGGAGGAGCGCCGGGCACUGGAGAGGAGAGGGGAGUCGCCGGGCACUGGAGAGGAGAGGGGAGUCGCCGGGCACUGGAGAGGAGAGGGGAGCGCCGGGCACUGGAGAGGAGGGGGGAGUCGCCGGGACUGGAAGAAGAAAGAGGGGGAGUUUCGCCGGCGGCAGGGCACUGGAUGAGAAGAGGGUGGCAGUCGCCGGGCAAUGGAGAGGACGAGGGGAGUCCGGCGGGCAAGGAGAAGGGAGGAGGGGAGUCGCCGGGCACUGUGCGAGAGGAGCGGGGAUGUGCCGGGCAAUGGAGAGGAGGAGGGGAGUUCGGCGGGCACUGA